AUGAAUUAAAUAGAUUUUAUGAGUUUUUAGUGCAUGGCUAGAACAAAAUAAAUUAAUCAAUUCGACUCAACUAUCUAAGACUUGUUAAAAAAUUUAACCUCAACAUUUAUCAACGAUAUUGAAAAUUUGUUUAAAAAUUUGAAAUCAUAUUGGAAACAAGAAUAGACUGUUGAAUUGAAUGAAUGUAUUGAUGAAAGAAAGCCAAAAUAGCCUAAAUUGCUAGAAUUUACCAAUAAUGUUAAAAAUUAAAUUAUGCAGGUGUAAUAAUUAGUUGAAUUUUCUGAAAUAGACACAUUACAAAAUCUAAUAGAUUUAAUGAAAUUUACAGAUUCAAAUAAUUAGGUAAUAUAGGAGUAAUGUGAAGUUUAAAUUGCUAAAUUAUUAAAAAAAUUUGAAGAAUUCAUUAAAAAUCAAAAGAGUCUACAAUAUUAAACCAUCCCCAAAGACUAUUCAGACUAUUUAACCCUUAUUAACUAAAACCAUAAAGAAUUAGACCGAUUUCUCAAAGAUGAAUUAAAUUUCAUAUUUUCACCUGUUUAGAAUUAAGUUCAAACUAAUUUAAAAUAAUGUAAAUAAAGCAUAACAUCGUCUAUACUUGAAUUUAUUCAAGGUAAUUCUUGGAGAGUAAAAGAAGGAUUCUUAUUUUAAUGUAUCUAAUUAGAAAAUCAAUUGCAAGAAUAAAAUAAAUAAUCUAUACAAAAAAUAUUAAUCCUAAUUGCAGCCAAGGAAACAAAUUUGAAAAUAUUAGUAACACUUAAAAACAAACAAAUAGUAUAACAGAUGUAUUAAGGAUUUUCUAAGAAUUGGCCAGAAGUACAAAGUGAGAUAAAAUCAGAUUUAGCUAGCUAAAUAAGUAGAUUAGAAUAGCUUUAAUUUAGUAUUUCAACUGCUGAAACUGAUAGAAAGAGGGAGCAACUACUUAAGGAACACAAAAAAUUGGAAGAAUAAGUUGAAUAAUAAAUAUUAAAUGUGAAUCAAAUUGGUGAUGCUUUAGGUAUCACUAUCAAUUUCUUAAGAGAAAUUAAAUAAGAUCUAAAUAAGAUUCAAUAUAAAUUAGAUCAAAUGCUUAAUAAGAUAGAUGAAGUAGUUCAAGAUAUUAAAUAAUUGAUUGGAAAGACACCUAAAUAAUUAUUAGAAAUAAGAAUGUAAUUUGUUUUAUAAUAAAAAAUUGCAAAUGAUUUCAAUAAUGUGUAUGUAAACCUAAGAACUAAGGAGUUAAAAGAGAAUUUUAAAGACGAAGAUGACGAGACUACUCUUUUUAAUGAUGUUUCUUAGAAUAAAGGUGAAAUUGAUGAAUUUUUAUAAUAACCAAAAGAUUCUCUCCUUAUUCAUGGACCAGCAGGUUCAGGUAAAAGUGUAGCUGCUAAAAAAAUAGAAGAAUACAUCUGGUUAUAAUAUUAAUAGUUGAAUUUAGAUGAAUGGUCAAAGGAUUCAGAACAGAUACCAGUUGUUCCUAUAUUCAUUCAAUUAGCAAGUUUAAAAGAUCCUUAUUUUAAAGCCAUUGAGGAAUCUUUAGCUUCAACGAACUAUAAUUUUGAUUGGAGAUAAAUACAAGCUUUCUAAACUUAGGUUGAAGAAGGUAAAGUUGCAAUCGUUUUCAUUCUUGAUAGUUUUGAUGAAUUAAGUAAUAAUUAAAUAAAUCUAAUUUAAAAUAAUAAAUUGAAGAAUUGGAGGUAAUAGUUAUUAAACUUAAGCGAUUUAGCCUAGGGUCAAUAAAGAAUAUAUAGUCUUAAUUAUCCAAAAGUAAUUACUACAACUAGAUCAGAAGUCUUUGAGUUGAAUAGUACAAAUUAUAGAUAAUGGUUUAGUAGUGAAUCACUAUUGGAUUUUACGAAAUAUAAAGAAAUAAGAAUUCUCAGUUUUGAUGAUAAUUAAAAAUAAGACUACUUAAAAUAAUAUUCGUAUACUUAAAUAAAAAAGACUUUGCUUGAUUAUUUUGAAAAGUACUCCAUUAUUUAAAAAAGAGGAAGAAACCUUAUAAAUGAAGUUGAAAAAAUUUGGAAUAAUAUAGUUGAAAAAUUGCAACGAUUUCAUCAUCAUCAAUAAUAAUAUGAUUUAUACUUAAACGAUAAAGAAAUCAAUAUCAUAACUUCUAUUUUGAAAAGUGAGUUUAAGUCAUAAAAUCAAUAAGAACAAUUUGUAAUUUUAGAAGGAUAAUUAAGAAAUAUUUAAACUCCUUAAUUCUAUAAUCACAAUAUAAUUGAUUUUAAUUUGGAGUAACUUCUCAAUACACCAUUUAUGAUGAAAAUAGUCAUUGAUGUGUUACCCUAAAUGAACUCUUAGAAAUAAUAAAAACACCUUAAUUAUUUCAUUUCUAAUUAUACACUUUAAAUGUAUGAAAAAUAUGUUAAAAAGAAAGAUUAUAAAGAUAUUCGAAAGUAUUACGAGAAAAUCUCUCAAAAAUAAUAUGAGGAAGACUAAGCUGAUAAUUUAAAUAUCCAAGAGUAAAUAUCGGAAUAACCAGAAUCAAUGGAGAGUGAUUCAGAAAAUAAUACUUCUCAAGAUGAUGAGAUGGAUGAUAGAAAUUAAUAAAGCAAAAAAAUGAAUUUUCUACCAAAAAGUGAAAUUUAGUAAAGCUCAAAUUAAUAAAGCAGAAAGCUGAAUUUUCUACCUAAGACUCAAAUUUAGUAACCUACCUAAUAGUUCUAAAAAAAAGAUCAUUCAAUGUAAUAUUAAAAGUCCUAACAAGCUGAAUACUCAAUGCCUAAAAGCACUAGCCAGCUGUAAUACAUAAAUUCUUAAACAAGAAACAUUAGUAGUAAUAGAAGUCCUAAAGUUACUUCUUUGCAUUCCUAAAAAUUUCAGAAAAAAGCAGCUCCUGAUCUUCCAUCAGAUGUUAGUUCCAAAAAGACUGCAGAGGCAAAUAAUAAAACAUCGUAUGUAGAUUAACCUCAAAGUGCUUUUGGUUAGCGUUCUCAAUCAGCAAAUGCAAUGUCAUUAAAAGAUCUUAAAAUGAAGAAUAAUUUAUAAAUAAGGAUUAAAGAGAAUUUAAGAGAAGAAGGAAAAUUAAUAUUUUAAAAGCAUUAAUACUUCUCUCAGCAAGAUUACGAUUAAUAUGGAGAUGAUAAAUAGAUUUUGUUAAGAUGUUAUAAAUCUUUUAGAUUAACAUAGUUCGAUUUUUAUGAAUAGUUCUUGGAGAAUUAUAUUUAAAACUAAAUUUAAAAAUUGUCAAAUCUUUAGCAAAUAAAGUUUUAAAGUGAUUUCAUAGAUAAAGUUAAUGAUUAUUCAAUACUAUUAGUAUCUUAUUUGAUGCAAUAUUAAUUAACUUCGAUGGAAACUUAGAAAACAUCUAAUAUGUCAGGAAUAUGGAACUAAAAAAUCAAACAUCAUUCUGCUGAUCCAAGAUUUCAAGAAUUGUUUAAUUAUAAUUCUGAAGAGAGUUCAUUAAUAAAAAAAUGUCUUCCUUUGAAAUAAACCGGAUCUAUUCUAAGUUUUGAGCAUAAAUCAAUUCAAGAAUUUAUAUAUGCAAAAUUUAUCAUAACUAAUCUUUACUGGAUUCUUUCACUUAUAAAUUCAUUCAAUGAAAAUAAAUUUAAUAUAGAGAAAAAAAAAGAAUUUAUUUUCAACUGCAUAAGAAUAUUUCUUUAAGCAUAAGGUUAAGGGGGAGAAAAGUUUAAGCAACUUUUUAAAUAAAACUAUAAGUAAUAGUAAUAAGGAAAUUCAGAUUACUAUUAUACUUAAUCAGAUUAAUUAAUAAAUAUCAUAAUUGAUUCCCCAUUAAAUCAAAUUAUUAUGGCAAAUCAAUUUUAUAUGGGAGUAAUACGAUUUAUAAUAGAAUAUGUAUAGGAUAAUCAAGAAUUAAGGUCAGUUUUACAUUUUUUAAUAUCAAUCUCAAAAAUAUCACAAUAGUUUAUAAAUAUUAGUUCAAAUUCGUUUUAAUUGCUUGCUUAUAUGCAGGAGUUAUUCUAUGAAAAGCAUUUUUAAGAAAUUUAGAUAAAAGACAUUAAGCUAUUAGGAUUAAAGUGUAUAGGAUGUGAUUUUAGUAGGUCAACAUUUGAGAAUGUGACUUUGAUGGGGACAAACUUAAAUUAUUGUAAAAUUGAAGAUGUUUAUUGGAAAGGCAUAAUCUCAUAGGAUUUACCAACUUUGUCUUUUGAUAUUGGUCCUAUAUUAAAAUCAUCGUUUUCUUGUGAUGGUAACUACAUAGCCUCCCUUGGUCUAAAUAAAUAGUUGGUUGUGUAUCAGAUAAAUGCUGAAUAAAUAGUAACAAAGGUAGAGUUUGAAAAAGAAGUAUUUGAUUUUUGUUGGUCUAAUACCAAAUCUAUGCUUGUCUAUUUCAUUGAAGAAACUUUAAAUAUCUUUAACUUUCAUGAGUAACCAUAAUAAAAUUGUGAAAAUUAAGUUUAAAGAAAUUCAAAUGAAGAAAUUUACUAACAUGAUAAAUAUAAACAUAAAAUAGGGGACACUGUUAGUUUAGUAAGAUUUUCAAAUUAAGACAGCUAUUUAUCAGUAGGGUGUUAAAAAGGGAAAAUAAUUAUUUAUAAAGUUAUUAAUAAAACACAGUAAAAAUUUAUAGAAAUCGAACGAAAAAGUAGAAUAACAGCAUUAGACUUUUCUCCAGAUGAAGAUAACCUGAUUGCUUGUGAUCAAACUUCAAUAUUUCUACGUAAGAUAUAAGAAGAGUAAACUAAAACAAUUAAAACCUUAUCAUAAAACUCUUAAGUAACAAGUAUUGUUUUUAGUCCCGAUGGGCAACUGUUUGCAUAUGCUACAACGAAUGAGAUGAUUAUCAUAUAUAGCUUAGUAAAGUAAAAGGAUUAGGCUAAAUUAAGUGGUCAUUAAAAAGCUGUUAGAUGUAUAUGCUUUUCUAGCGAAGGGAAUAUAUUGAUAAGUGCAGGAGAUGAUAAAAGUGUUAGGAUUUGGGAUUAUAUGAAAGGAAUCUAAAUUGGAGAAAAUUUGCAUGGUCAUUCUGAUGGUAUUAAUAGCGUCGAAUUUUCAAAAACAGAUGGAAUGAUUAUUUUGUCUGCAGGAAAGGAUGGACUUGUUAAAUAGUGGUAUCAUUCUGAUAACUAUCGUGUUAGUGAAUAUCUGCCUGGGCAUGAUGGCAGCAUUUUAUUUAUGAUUAUAUCUUAGGAUUCCUAAAGAAUAAUUACAAAGGGUAAAGAUAAGAAAAUAAUAUAAUGGAAUAUUAAUACAGCAUCCAUAGUUAAUCGAAUAAUUACUUUAUAGAGUUGUUAAGAAUGUUCAAUUAAUAAAUUAUGUUCUGCCUGUUAAUUGAGUCCUAUUAUUAGUGUUAAUGAUGAUCAAUAUAUUAUCACAGGUGGAUUUGGUCACUCAAUUUCAAUUUAUGAUAGCUACACUGGUAAAUAAACUUUUCAUACACUAUCAUGUCUAAAACCCAAAGGAGAAGUCACUCUUUUAGUAUAUUCUCAAAAAAAUCAUUUCAUAUGUUCAGGAACUUUGAAUGGAGAAAUUAAAAUAUGGGACAGUCUUAAUGGUAAAUAAUAUAGUUAAAGAAUCACUCUAGAUUCUUAAAUAUUGACUUUGUUUUUUGAUCUAGACUAAAAUUUAGUAGUUUUAAAUUAAUCUGGAAAAUACACUAACGUUAAACUUGGUUCAGGGGAUAUAAAAAUAUAAUCCUUCUAAUAUUAAUUAAUGGAUGAAGCAUCAGAAAUGUAACAGAUAAAUUAAUUGAUUGUUGAUGAGAUUGCUGAUUUAUAAAUUGAUAUAUCCACAUAGAAUUCUUCAUAAAGAUCCAAUAAUAAAGUCUCAUGUUUAUCACUCACAUCAGAUUAUUCUCAUUUAGCGAUUGCAACUAAAGCCUCAAAUGUCUACAUUUUAAAGACUAAGGAAUUGUCAAAGAUAUUUUCCACAUAUUCAUAUUAGGGUGUAAUUACUUCAAUGUAUUUUAAUAAAAAUGGUUUAGUUUUAGUCCUAUCCUUUGAAGAUCUUUCCAUAAAGGUUUGGGAUAUAUCCAAAAAUAUUCAUGGAAGUAAAACUGAUUGUCACUAAGCUCUAAUCAAUUGUUUAGGAGUAUCUUCUGAUAAUAAAUUUAUUGUAUCUACAUCUUAAGAUAAAUGUAUUAAGAUUUGGUAGUUGUAAAAUCUAAGUGAUGAUGGAAUCAUUUCUAAAAAUAUUAAUGGGUUGAAGAAUAAAAUACAACUAUAAAAACUAUACUUCAAAAAAGCUUUUGAAUAAUUCAAUCCUGAGCCAAAAAAUAAAAAAGACUUUAAUUUGGAGGUAGCAACAAAUUUCGAAAAAGAAUGGCGUUUGGCAAAAGUAAAAUAGAAGGAUAUUUUUGAGGAAGCGGAAGAGAUAGCUAAUCAGCUAACUGAGUUAAGAAGAGCCGACGUGUGUGCUACAUUAAGAACAUAAAAAACUUUAAAGGAUGAAAUUACCUAAAAGGAAAGGGAAAUCGAAAAAUUAUUGCAAGAGAGUAGUGAAAAUAUUUCAGUAUUUAAUUAAAAAGUCAUCUCCCAUUUUAAGGAUAUAUCGAAGGUGAUUAAUAAGUUUUAAGAAUAUAUAUUAAUGAAAGAAAAGCUACUUUAAGAAUUUUAAGUAACAGUGACAUAAAAAAAUGAAGAGAGAAAAUAAGAGUAAUAACAUGUUUCAGAAAUUCAAGUUAAUUCAUAAAAUUAAAUUACCUUCUCUGAAAUAUUAUGUAUAAGUAAGACCCCUUAAAAUUAAAAGUUUAUUGGAACAAUUUUUGAAAAUUCAGACAUUAAAAAUAAGACUCAUCAUGAUUUAUUUAAACUUUGGUAAUAGACACAAGAAAAGCAAAAUAAAUAUUGA